ACUGGCAGGGCACUUCCAUAGACAAGAACAUUCUGGAUACUUUGAUGCUAAACACUACCAAAAUCGGACAUGGAUUUGCUUUGAGCAAACACCCCGCCCCCAGGCCUUACACGUGGAAAAAGGACAUCCCCAUAGAAGUCUGUCCCAUCUCUAACCAGGUUCUGAAACUGGUGCCUGAUUUGAGAAACCACCCUGCAGCUACUCUGAUGGCCAUCGGGCACCCCAUGGUGAUCAGCUCUGAUGACCCAGCGAUCUUUGGUGCCAAAGGCUUGUCCUACAAUUUCUAUGAGGUCUUCAUGGGCACUGGGGGGAUGAAGGCUGACCUGAGGACCCUCAAACAGCUGGCCAUCAACUCUAUCAAGUACAGUAGCCUGUUGGAGAUUGAGAAAAAUACUUUCAUGGCAAUCUGGAAGAAGAGAUGUGAUAAGUUCAUAGUGGAUGUGGCACGGAGUGAGGAGAAACUAGCCAUCCUCCAUGAGCUGCCUUCCCGCACAUGCUGCCACCGCCACUCACCCGUUCUUGAAUCAGCUCCAUGUCCCCAUCAAAUCAAUGGCCUGGGUACAGAGCGACCCUGUGAGAAGCACUUGGCUGGCUGACCAGCUUCAUCCUCUGGAACAUUCUCCCUCAGCUGCAGCAGCAUUGACCCUCACGAUUUUCUCCACUCUGUGUCCAUUGCUUCCAGUUUCCCUACUUCAGAAUCUCCUCCUCUCUGACCUCUGUGCUGUGUCCUCAGGGCUCAGUCCUGGGCUCUCUUCUAUUCUGAUCUCUCUAUUUAAAAAAAAUUUUUUUU